AUGAAAAACAAGAAACUGAUGAAAAUAUUGGCAGGCACCACAGCGUUCACUCUUUUUCUUGCAGGGUGCAAAGGGAGCAGCAGUGGCUCUAGUGAAGACGAGCAGAAUAGAGCUGGGCCAUCUAGAAGUGGAGGAGGCAAAAUAGUCGAUGAUUUUGUUUGCAAUGGAGGGCACACUGGUGCAAUAGAUGGAGCAAAAAAUCAGAGCAGUGAAUUUGAGCAGUGCAUAGCAAGGCUUAGCGUGAUCACGCAUACCAGAUUUGAACACUCCAUAGGGAGUGGCAUGCUGUCUAUAGGGGAAAAAAGAAGAGAGAGCGAGAUGGCCAACGCAGUGAGUGCGUGUGCAGACCAGUUUGUACCAAAAAAUAAGAGACAAAAAAGAGAUAGCCCAUUAAAAGAUGAGGGCGCUAAUCAGCAGGACGAGAUUGAAAUCACAACAGAGGAUAAAAAGCAGAUAACUCAGAACAGUCAGGCACAGCAGUGUGUAGUAAAAAAAAGAGAAAAGAAAAGCAUAGCCCAGCUUGAACUAGGCCUGUGGGACGACAUGGAUGUGCGGCUGGCAAAUAGAAGGAGAAAAGCCUACAAAGAGAGCCACAAAACAAUAUACAUAAACACCGAUCUCAAGUGGUACAAAAAACGCGAAAUAAAAAAAGAGUCGUACAAACAACGGCUUAGAAGCAGCAUUGAGGAGUUUGCUGCAAAAAUAGCUUCACUAAUAAAGAACAACCCAAUGUGGUACUUCAUUGCAAGCAAGUCCACAAAUAUAAACGGCAAGUACAAAGACCUCUUGGGGCUGCAGGAGCUCUUUAGAGAGGAGGAGAAAACACACAGAAACAUGCUAGAAAGCAUUCAAGGAUACUACCCUGGCAUAAUUGAGGAUGUAAUCGCGUACAUAGAGAAGCACCAGCCGCUGAAAACCGACAAAAACAACCCAGAAACUGAGUGGAAAGAAACACUCGGGGACAUUUACAUGCGAAAAUCUCUUCCGCUGAACUACUCUAUGCUAGAGGAUUCGAACAGCGCCUGUCAGCUCGAAAGUAAGUAUCGUGCGCUGGUGUGUGCUGUUCGCAUGGCUCUGGUGCUGCCCGAGGUGCACCAGGACUUCUCCAAUAUUACUGAAGAUCUUAUAAAAGAAACUAAAAUUUCCAAAUCCUUGAGUAAAAACACAAACUAUCAAGAAAUUCUCCUAAGAAUACAAAAAAUAGCACAGCUGAACGCAAAAGGAGAAAAAGACGAUAAAUUGUAUGAGGAGAUGUACAGCUAUCUUGAGAAGACGUGUGCCAAGGGAAACAAGCUGGAAGAGCUAAGAGCUGUUGAGCUGUACAAAGUGAUAUACACAAUUCUUGGAAAGUUCUAUGAGAGCGUAGCAGUGAUCGAUGCAAAAAAAGAAUAUGUUCUUGCAGGAAAGUGCAUAAUAACGAACCAGAAGUACAUAAAAUGCGAGAAAGUGGUAGAUAUGUCUGGUGGAGAAGAGAAAGAGCUCCCAAACUCUGCAUAUGUGUUGGAAGAGAACAAGUGGCAUGUUUCUUCUGAUAUAAAGCCGCACUACCACGUGUACUACGUGGACAAUACUGCAAACCAGCUCAGAAUGCUGUGCAUGCCCAUGUGCAUAGGCAAAGAUAGAAAAAAGCACUGCCUGCACACAAUUGACGAGAUCGUAAGGUACAUCAAGAGCCUAUACAAGAUAAAACUAAGGCUAGAACAUGUGCACCCGUUCAAAGUAAAGAAGGGAACCAGAGAAUGGUCGUACAUCAAAGAGAAAGAGAGGGGCCUGACAGUGAAAGACUUAGCGGAGUACGAAGUGGUGUUCUACUAUAUUGAAGAAAAUCUAGCAAAAACAAAGUUUACCUUUGCAGAGUUCAGGCCUCUCAGCGCACAUGAAAACCACAGUAUUUGUGUGCCGCUCUUUCUCUCUCCUCUGAUGCAGUCUGCUGUGGAGUUUGGGCCUUUUGCCAAAACAGAAGAGCAUACAGAGCUAGACUCGGUGUAUUUUGAAAAAAAAGUGCCUGAUGUAUACGAAUAUAGGGAGGAAUACACAAAUAAUAACUACACGGAUGUGCAAAAGUACUACAAAAACCUGUACAUACUGAAAGAUGCGGUAGCGAGCAUGGACUGCUACAUCAUGGACUACAAAACCACUAGAAAAGAAGAUGGCACUGUUGAGGCUGUGUGGUAUGUGAGAAUGCCCGACAGCAUAGACGCGUACACGCACUGUGUGCUGGACAAAGACUUUGUGCAGGAAGAAAAUUUAGAAAACUUCACUGAUACACUGGAGCUGAGAGAACACAACAAAAACAGCGAUAUCCAGGGAUUUUGGCUGCAAAACAGCAAUCCAAAAGAUAGCGAGCUGGCCGAUCAGGAGUACACGGUAUGCAGUUGGCAUGUGUGCAGCGACCCUUACAAUAUGCCGAUAUCUAGAAACGACGUGGGAAAGAUUGGCUUGAAGAUAGAUAAAGCAAGAAAAAGAUAUGUAGAGGUAGAGAAAAAACAUAAAGAGCUAGAAAAAGAUAGUGAAACCCAUUCUCGGGAGAUAAAGCUAAAAAAGAACUCGCUGGCUGCCAUAAAAUACAAACAGAAGAUUAUUCUGGAGGGCUUAUACAGAGAGCUACACAUAAAACACUCUCGGACACCAGAUUCAAAGGCAGAGUUUUUAGUUUUUAGGAACGUAAACAAGAGCAAGUCUAAUCUCGGAGCACACAACGAAAUUCUUAACGCUUUAAUCUCGUGCUUUAAGCGAGAAAAGAGCAAGAAACAAGAGUAA